CCACAGAUGUGUUUAAUUCCAAAAACCUGGCUGUUCAGGCACAAAAGAAGAUCUUGGGUAAAAUGGUGUCCAAAUCCAUCGCUACCACCUUAAUAGAUGACACGAGCAGCGAGGUUUUGGAUGAACUCUACAGAGUGACCAAAGAGUACACCCAAAACAAGAAGGAGGCAGAAAAAAUAAUUAAAAACCUCAUCAAAACAGUCAUCAAGCUGGCCAUUCUCUACAGGAAUAAUCAAUUUAAUCAAGAUGAGCUGGCACUCAUGGAGAAAUUUAAGAAGAAAGUUCAUCAGCUUGCUAUGACCGUGGUCAGCUUCCACCAAGUGGAUUACACUUUUGACCGGAAUGUGUUAUCCAGGCUGCUAAAUGAAUGCAGAGAGAUGCUUCACCAAAUCAUUCAGCGUCACCUCACCGCAAAGUCACAUGGACGGGUUAAUAAUGUCUUUGAUCAUUUUUCAGAUUGUGAAUUUUUGGCUGCUUUGUAUAAUCCCUUUGGAAAUUUUAAACCCCACUUACAAAAACUUUGUGAUGGUAUCAACAAAAUGUUGGAUGAAGAGAACAUAUGAGUUUAUGAGUUAAGUUUGUGACUGCUCAUGAUUUAUUUGAAGAUGGAGCACUGCUGAUUUAUGAAGGAAAAAUAAUUUUUUUAAAGAUGACAUAUUUCAGAUAGACUUUGCCCAAUUCAUUUGUUAAGCAUUAAUAAUCGUGCUUUUAUGGGGCCUUUGUUUUAUUUGAAGAAAAAUGUAUUUUCAAAAAUUCUAGUUAAAAGCUUCUUAACAGUUACCAGGUCAUGAGGAAAACAUAUGGUUGGAUAACGCAAACACAGAGUUACACAAAGAACAAUAUGUAUGGUUCCAAACCUCAAGACAUAUUUUUAGGGCGGUUGUAUUGGUAACACAUCAGAUAUUUCUAGUGUACAAA